AUGGAGUCGCCGAGCAAUGCAGCCCCUCAUCGUGGAUUUAAUGCCAAGGUUCGAGAUGUUUUGAUCGGAGACAACUACGAAAAUCUGAUAAAUCUCGAAUUCAGAGGAGGUAUCGUCUGUUUUUGUUAUUUUAAAUCCUUUUGAAAAUAUCACCGCCAACACCCUUUCGCUAAUGAGGUGGUUUCGAAUAGCAUUUUGUUUUUGCUCAAAGCUUCGAAAAAAUGUUAUCUUCCGUUUCAUAUCGAAAAGCCUUGCCAAAACACGUUGACAUUUUUGAAUCAGAUGUUUUAAAUUCAAUUUCCUGCCCACUUUCCGGACUUGAAUGAGUCUGGCGGGGGUGGAUGGAGGGCUUAAGCCGCAGUGUUUUGAUUAUCACGGCUAUCCCCUUCUCUUUACACCUCUCGUUAGCAAAGGUGUCAAGGGAGCUAAUAUGUGGUUUCGUCUGCUUCCCAAUCAGUCCUUUUACCUGUUCUUUCUGCUUUUCAGUCUUAUUUUUGUAUCUCAGGCAUGCCGCACAAGUCCUCAAGCGACUUCAACCUCCACAAACGAGUGACUACUUCCAACAGCCGUCAGAAAAAAGACAGCAACGGCGACUCCCCAAAGAGUCAAACUUCCGUCUGUUCGAUUCCAGAGCAUCGUUAGUUGUACUCACUUGUUCUGUUUCUCACGUUCUGUAUUUCAGCAACCUUCGACACUAUUGGCGAGCGUCCCAAAGUGAAGAAACAUGUAAAGCUAUCGGAAAUCGGAAAGGCGCACUCGUGCGUCGAGCUGAAGACCUCCGACAAGCGACUUCUGCGCACCUACCACGAGGAGAACAUAAUCCGAAUGCCGAGCAUGGAGUCCGACGUGGGCACUUCCCAACGCUCGGAGAUCGAUGAGCUCUGCCUGAGCUUCGAAGGCGUCGGAAAGGUAAAUCUGAGUGUGACGUGUCUGUAAUCUUGCUACAAUGGAUUAUCUUUUUCAGGCGAUGCUAUAUUCACAGAGCGAUAACAACAACGCUGACGACACCAAGAAUAAGAAAAAGUGA